UUCAUUGCGGAACCGUCAGCGGUCGUUGGGUGUCACUAUAGGUUCAUGUAAGGAAAAGUUGUGUUUUUCAAGCUUUCUGCGCUUGAUAUAAGGCGUCUAUCUACUGCACAACAUUUACGAGUCAAAUCGGAUAAGCGAGAUGUCGGAGGAAGCUGCUUCUGUGGAUGGGAACAGCAAAGCUGUUCGGGUGAUUCGGAUUGGAACUCGCAAAAGCCAGUUGGCUUGUAUUCAGACUGACAGUGUGGCAGAGAAGUUGAAAGAACUAUACCCUGACAUUGAACUGGAAAUAAUUGGGAUGACGACAACAGGAGACAGAAUCUUGGACACAGCUUUAUCAAAGAUUGGAGAGAAGAGUCUGUUCACCAAAGAGCUGGAGAACGCCCUGGAGAGAAAUGAAGUGGAUCUAGUGGUGCACUCCCUCAAAGACCUUCCCACCACUCUGCCUCCUGGAUUCACUAUUGGAGCUGUGCUGAAGAGAGAAAGUCCUGUUGAUGCUGUGGUGCUACAUCCCAAACACGUUAAUAAGACGCUCGACAUGUUACCAGAAAACAGUGUUAUUGGCACUAGUUCACUGCGGCGUGCGGCUCAGCUGAAGAGAAGAUUCUCCCAUCUGGUGUUCAAAGACAUUCGUGGAAAUUUGAACACUCGAUUGAAGAAGCUGGAUGAGAAAGAUGAUUACGCUGCCAUCAUUUUAGCUGCAGCUGGUCUGAAGAGGAUGGGCUGGGAGAGCAGAAUUGGUCAGUGUCUCACACCAGAAGACUGCAUGUACGCUGUCGGGCAGGGGGCGUUGGCCGUGGAGGUCCGAGCUCGGGAUACAGACAUUUUGGAGAUGGUCUCUGUCCUUCACGAUCCAGGGACAGUUCUGAGAUGUAUCGCUGAAAGGGCUUUUUUGAAACAACUGGAGGGAGGAUGCAGUGUCCCUGUGGCUGUACACACUGAAAUAAGAGAUUCACAGCUCUACAUGACGGGGGCAGUGUUUAGCCUUGAUGGCUCUGACAGUCUGAAGGACACGAUGCAGACGAGUGUCGCAAACUCAGAGGGGGACCAGGAGCAAGUGGAUGAACUUGUACCGAGAGUCGGAAUUACAGCGACUAAAAUUUCAGGUUCAGCCCAGACAAGAGCAGAGCAGCUGGGGGUGGACCUGGCGAACCUGCUGCUGAGUAAAGGAGCCAAGGAGAUUUUAACUGUGGCCAGGCAACUCAACGAUGCCAGAUAAUAGAAUACUACGCAAUAUUAAAACUACUGACGAAAAUGACAAUACACAGUAACAGAAUCAAGUGGAGAUGUUUGUAAUUAGACAUGGGCUUUUCAACAGACCAAUACCUUAUGCAUUACAUUUUAUGAGCCUCAGAAAUCUCUAAAUAAUGUACAUAAAGAAAAAAUGAUUCUAUGUCACAGUGCUGAGGAUAAAACAGGAGUUAUUAUUGAAAAAUCCCAAAGAAUAUUUUUAUGACAAAUGCAGCACAUCAGUUUAUAAAGUGCUUUAAACUAAAUGUAAAUAUUUAAUGAAAUGACAUGAAGAAAUAUGUUUGUUUGGCCCUUGCCCGUAUAUAUUUUGCUGGAAGAGCUUUUGAAUUUUCUUGGUCCUAUUUUUGGAAAAACAUGGUGCCUUUUGUAGGUUUGUAGUGUCACAGUCUGUCGUCACUGUCAAAUGUUUUAAAACAAAUAUUAAUGUACUGAUGAUAUUAUGUUGUCCUGAAAAAUCUCCACUUUAGUCUAACCCAGUCAUAUUUUCUAAUCCGGACUCUGUUGUUUACAUGUUCUGUGCACUGGACACUUCUCAUGACACAUAUUGUUUUAUUGUACAGUGUGUUUGUAGAAUAUUACUGACAAAUACUCAAAAAGCUGGGUAUGUCACAGUUUUUCCAGCUUUAAUGUAAUUAUUAAUGUAUAUGUGGUAUUUACUGUCACUUUUUGGCUAAUGAACAAAAAGUGACGUAACAUUAAAAGACAUUUAAACUUC